GGACCAGAGCGGAGCGCUCCGGAAGACUGACCCGGACGGAGGGAGUGGGCUUGUGAGACCGCAGAUCUGGGUGUUGGGAGGAAUUGCAUCACCUGAAAUGUGCGACCGUAGGCUGACCAGCCGCAGGGCACCUGACGGUGAGGGAUGCGAAAGCUACGGAGACGGGUGUCCAUGGGGACGGUCCCCAUAGGGACCUUAGGUGGGUUUUGGUGCGCAGACGAGCCACUAGCGGGUGGCUUUUUAGGUCGAUAAGCUCACUAUGAGGUCUGGAAGGGAACAGCCCAGAACAGCAGACGGAGGGGAAGGUGUAAAGUCGGGUAUUCACUCUGAACCCAAAGGAAGAAAGGCUGUGUGGGGUCAAGAGCCGUGGGCCGGCGGUCUGGAUUUUGAAUGGGGGUGGAAAAGCAAGUUUUUUUUUCUGGUUUCUGUUGAGAACGCCCCAGUCUCCCAGACCCUUUCCUAAUCCUUUGACUCUGAUUUCAGAGGCCCUCGCUUUGCUUUUCAGUUGCGGGCUCUGAGCUUUGGUACUACAGGAGCCGCUCGCUGUUCAGCCUCUGCUCUUGGACCUAUGGAAUCUCCAUCUAGCGUUUCUUCUUGUUCCUCCUCCUCACUCUCCUCGUCAUUUUCCACAUCCCCUGUGAACAGUGACUUUAGCUUCCCCUCUGAUAAUGAGAGGGAAGGCAAGAGCACCCAUGGGCUCACGCCAGAAGCUGUUGGGCAAAGGGGAGGUGCCCAGCCCAGUCCGGGUCCUAUCCGCUGCAGACAUCGACCCAGGGUUUCUGGUAACCAGCAUACAGCAUCUCAUCCGGAACAGCGAGGAUCUAGGGUCAAAAGAUCAAGAGACGGGGAACUGGAGACCAGUCUACACACCCAGGGAUGUAUCACAGAGGGAGACCUGCUGUUUGCUCAAAAGUGUAAAGAACUCCAAGGGUUCAUACGGCCCCUCACAGAUCUACUGAACGGACUAAAAAUGGGCCGCUUCGACAGAGGUAAUAAGCUGAUUGAUUAUCUUCAGCAGAGUGUGGCCAUGGACCGGAUCCAACGUAUAGUGGGUGUUUUACGGAAGCCUCAGAUGGGUAAGUCUCCCUAACGUUACCUAGGAACUUUGCUGCAAGUGGAAGGGAUGUUAAAGACUUGGUUCCCUCAUAUAGCUGCCCAGAAGUCAUCGUUAGGAGGCAGGAAUCAGAUAAACAAGGACUUUCCAAGCCCCCACAGUGACUCAGCUGCCUCCUCUCCUGCACCUCUCAUGGAGAAGCUGGGCCAAACACAGUAUGGACAUGUAGUGUUGAAACCAAAGCAGCCCUGGCAUCUGACAGAGUGGCCAGCUAUGAACCUCACCUGGAGUCAUAGCACUCCAAUUUGUAACCCUCCCCUCAGUCCCCAAGGCUCCGCCUCCAGCCACAGUUCCCAAGGCACUGCAGCCAGCAUUGGUGUCAUCCUUGUGCUCCAGAAGACAGGAGAACCCUUCACCCACUCUGCCCCCGGCACUCCGAUCCCACCAGCUGCACUGUCUCCUGUCAGCCCUGGUGAUCUGAAGAAACCAUCUGGAGAGGGGCCUUGUUGCCACAGUUUGCCAGUAACGUUGCCAUCAGACCGGAGCUGCACCCUCUGUGCCCCUGCUCUCCCUGCCACAGUCAGAGAGACAGCUACAGGACACCUAGAGCCACAGCUGACCAGCCAUCCUGCCGGUGCCCCUGGUCCUUAGCCCCUGGCUCAGGCUUUACAACAUCCUCUGAUUUCCCAUUUGUGUAAAUAUUAUGUUAUGUGUAUUUUUUUUUUUUUU